AUGGCAGCAAAAUUUGCCUUCUUUCCACCAAAUCCACCAUCUUACACCAUAUUAGUUGAUGAAGAAACUGGAAAACUUAGGCUCUCAUCAGAUGUACUCCAACAGAGGGACAACGUGGAUGUUUUGAAGUUAUGUACCCAGAAAGGCAAUGAGAUUGUUGCCAUGUAUGUGAAGAAUCCUUCGGCUUCAUUGACAGUGUUGUAUUCUCAUGGCAAUGCUGCUGAUAUCGGCCAGAUGUAUCAUAUUUUCACUGAGCUUAGCUCGCACCUUAAUGUUAAUCUUAUGGGGUAUGAUUAUUCUGGCUAUGGACAGUCUUCUGGAAAGCCAAGUGAGCAUGACACCUAUUCUGACAUAGAGGCUGCAUAUAAAUGCCUUGAAGAGACAUAUGGAGUGAAGGAGGAAGACAUUAUAUUGUAUGGUCAGUCAGUGGGGAGUGGACCUGCUCUUGAAUUGGCUACACAUUUGCCUGAAUUAAGGGCCGUCGUUCUUCACAGUCCAAUCCUGUCUGGCCUCCGAGUCAUGUAUCCUAUCAAGAAAACAUUCUGGUUCGACAUUUACAAGAAUAUUGAUAAAAUUCCGCUAGUCAAUUGCCCAGUUCUUGUAAUUCAUGGAACGGAAGACGAAGUUGUGGAUUUCUCUCAUGGGAAGCAGCUCUGGGAGCUUUGCAAAGAGAAGUAUGAACCAUUAUGGCUUAAAGGAGGAAACCACUGCAAUCUGGAACUCUACCCAGAGUACUUGAAGCAUCUCAAGAAGUUCGUGUCUGCCAUCGAAAAACUGCCGCCACAUCUUAGAAAUGCAUCAGCACAAAGUACCGAUCAACCUGAACAGCCUUUGAAUAUUGCAGAACAUGAUGCGGAAAAGCCAAGGCCAAGCACAGAUCAUAAAGAGAAGGCCAGGCUUAGUAUUGGACACAGAGAAAAAUCCAGGCUAAGCACCGAGAGUAGAGAGAAAGCGAGAGCCAGCACUGACAGAAGAGAGAGGACACGAAAGAGCAUUGAUCGCAUGGGAAAAGCAAGAAAUAGCACAGAUCAGCCAGAGAAAGCGAGGAACAGCUUCGACCGGUUGGGAGACAUGGUGAGGUCUGUUGGAUUGUGCAAUGUUGAUUGUCUUAAGCAGGCAGCCGCGGAGGCCUGA